AUGGGCGCGCGCUGCUUAGUCCGCUACUCCGGGUCUCCUCAGAGCGGUGGUACUCCUGGUGCCCGCGGACGCGCUUCUGCUCACUCGCUCCCCGAGCUCGCCCCCGAGCUGGCCAGCGGUGCCACCUGUCUGCCGGGCGUCCGCUACCCAGUCGAGCGCGUGCCGACGACGGGCGCGUCGUCUCAGAGGCUCGUGGGCACCGUACUAAUGGAGCUCGCGGACGCUUCUGCUUCGCUCGCCGCCGUCGACUCGGUGCGGCUGGCCGGCGGGGCUACUGCUGGGGUGUAG